AACAGAUUUAGAUUUUGUGAAUUUUGAAACAAAGCUUUAUGCGAGGAGUGGACGAUUUAUUUUGGUCGAGAAAAGUUUUUUUUGCAGAGGAAAGUGUAAAUAUAUCUUCAUAAUUCAAAUAAGGUUAUCACAAAUGAUGGAAUAUAGGAGAGAAAGAGACGAUCGUUCCGGCUACGAGGUGAAAAUAACGAAGUAUUAUAAAUGCACUGGGCUACAGUCUAGCAUAUUAAAUUUCAUCAAUAAUUUAUGUGAUAUUUGUAAAAUAAACUUGCUUAGUUUAUAGCCUACCAAUGCUUUUAUGAUUGCAAAAUUAUUGCUAUAGCUUUGUUACAUGAUUCAGUUAUCAUUCACAGAUUUUUGGAAAUUAUUGGGGGGAAUUACUCCCCCUCAUCCCCUAGUGUCUGCCUCUGACCCCAAAGCCUCUUCUCGGAUGACUUUUUAAUAUCACUAUCCCACAAUACCAUCCUGAAUACAGGGUGGUAGUAGAAGCCGCAAACGACAGCGAGAUGUGAUGGACCGGCCAGCUGAAAGUUCGGCAGGAAAGAGAUCUGCAAUGAUAUCUCUGAAGGAAGCACCUGAAAUCUCUGAGGAGGAACGAGAACAGAUUUUAAAGAUGGUGGCUGAGAGUGAACCUGAGGUAUUUCAUCUUAUGAUGUCACAAAUGUGGAGGUCUGGUGUUGAUAGAGUUUGAUAAUUGAUAAGCUGGUAUGGUUUGUUUUUUAACUACCUGAAGAAGAUUAAAUUAAAACAUUUUCAUGAGGCCUUCAAUGAGCCUUUGCUCACACACAAAUCAUGGCAUUUAAUCACAUCAGAUUUAUGGAUUAAUGGACUGACAUUAUUUAAGUUCAAUUUACCUCUCAUAGUAAACUGUUCAUUGUGUGUCAUUGUAAAAUUUCCAAAUGAUUGAUAACAGGUUGAAGCUUUAGAUUCAAGUGCCCUGAAGAGGAUGUUAGUUGCUUUUGAUAAGAAAGUGAAGAGAAAUCAAGAAAUGAGAAUCAAAUAUUCAGAUAAUCCUGAAAAGUAUGGACACAUUCUACAUUCAUUUGCAUAAAAUAUGAAUUAAUUCCUUGCAGCUAUAAAAAUAUUGUCUACAAUUUUAUAUUUUCAUUCACUCAUUAAAGUGCAAGACUCUCCCCUUGAUGAGUAAAAUCAUCCGGCAUUAGACAGAGUAAAACAAUAUUAAAGUAGGAUGCAUUUGGGUACAUUGCAGCUUAAUGUGCUGAUGUUUCAUGUUUGUAACAUUUGUUUGAAGUCUGAGUUCAUUAAGCUCAUUGACAACCAAGUGGCACAAGGCCUUGUUUAAUAUGAUCAUAGCCAAUGUUUAAUUAAUUUUAUCUGUGAUUAUUCAGCCUCAGUAUGCUAGGCCAAAACAGUAUCUGGGCACAUGCCAAGCAAAUGAAAUGUACAAUAUGUUGUUUUAGAUUUCUAGACUCAGAGUUGGAUGUUCAUGAUGAAAUUCAAAAACUUCAUGUGAUUGCAACAGCACCAGAACUUUAUAGCAUACUUGUUCAACAAAAUGCAAUACCAACCAUACUUGGUCUGUUAAGUCAUGAAAACACUGGUAUCCUUUCGCACGCAAGUCAUGCUAAUUUUCCUGUGAUAAAUUCGUAUAUAGUGGUCUAUGUUAGUCCUAUGACGAGGAUGUGAUUCCCUCAAUUUGAAAUAUGAGUACACUUUCUUCCUCACAGUUGAAGAGUAAUUCCAAUUUCACUUUACCAAACACCAUACCUUUUCUACAGUUUCACUGGACAAAUAAGAAAGAUCCUUGCUGGAACUCUAAGGAGAACAGUUUAGAACUGAUGAAGCUCUCCAAUAAAAAUAAAGUUACUGAAGUAAAUGAAGCGUUUAGAUACAAAUUUCGGGGGGAAAUUUGUACAUAGAAAUUUCGACCUAUAAAAUACAGCCCUCCGACAGGACUCGAACCUGCAGCCCUGCGGUUCUGGUGCAGCGCUCUGACCACUGAGCUACAGAGUCCCACUGAGCAUUAACCACAAGUACUUGUGCAUAUAUACUAAUGUAAUGCCAGUGUAAAGUAUAUAGGUAAAUAUUCAAGCUUUUGGGCAUCUGAAUGGACAUUUUGAACAGAAAUUAUAUACAUUCUUAGACCUAGGAAGUUUAUUUUCAGCUGUAACGUAGGUUUAUUUGCGUAGCUAAUUUAAACUUUGCUUGCAUGUUGCUUGUCUCAAUGUACGAUUAAGCUUGCACGUGAGUGGCCAGAAAUCGAAGCACAAUUUACUAAAAUUACUGAGUUACAUUCUUAACCAAAUGUAAGAUAUUUCAAUCGCGGUUGUGGAGUUGUUAGUUGAACUGACAGAUGUCGACGUCCUUAACGAGACUGAGGAAGGCGCUGACGUUCUUUUAGAUGCAUUGGUGAGUUUGAGUGUUUGACUGACGGACCAACCGAGCCACCGACCGAAGGUCAGGCUCACGGAGAGGUUGCGGGGGCCCGGGCCAAAACUUUCUAAGGGGCCCCUAUCAUGUCAUAACUGUAAAACUGGAGAAGCGUGUUUUACAAUAUAUUACACUUUAUUGCAUAUUCUCCGGCACAAACGCGGCUGGGAUUUAUAUUCUCAGUUAAAUUAAGCAAUCUUGUACCAAGACUUAAGGGACUUCGUCGCUUUGAGGGCCCCUUUUGAGCUGGGGGGGGGGGGCAGUGUGCUCCCCCUGCCUGUCGAAGGUCACAUCGAAUGACUGACUAACAAGGAUUGUUGUUUUUGCAGCUUGAAGGACAGAUUGUAGCAUUGUUAGUACAAAACAUGGAACGUCUGGAUGAGAACGUGAAAGAAGAGGGUGACGGUGUUCAUAAUACCCUAAGUACCAUCGAAAACAUGACAGAAUUAAAACCCGAGAUCUGCGUCACCGCCGGUGAACAGGGCCUUAUCGCAUGGUUAUUGAAAAGACUUAGAGUACGUUGGCAGUAAUUUAUAGUGGUGUGGCAUUUAACUUUACAUGUUAUUAUUAUGUGAAGUGGGAACCAUCUAUUAAGCCGUCAGUUAACCUAUUUGAUGAUUGUAUUUUUUGGUAUAGAAAGUGCCAGUAUAUGAUCCUAACAAGUUAUACUGCAGUGAAAUAUUGUCUAUUUUGUUGCAAGAUACACAAGGUAUUACUUUUAGUACUGAUUGACAACCAUGCAUUUCAUUUGUUUGUGAUGUUACUCUGAAUGUGUAUCCACACCGAGCAAGCUUGAAAAAUAUGCCUGGCUACGGUGGGAAUCGAACCUACGACCUUUGGAAAACUAGCCCAAUGCUCUGCCAACUGAGCUACGCAGUCAGGUCGCCGGGUUCGAGUAGUGUAUGUGAUAUUUCAGAACUGAGUCUAGUUCCAUCGAUAUCAAUGUAAAUAAUCUAAUAAUCAUGAUUGCUGUGUUGGUGUUGUGUAAUCAGGUGAAUAAGAUGCUUGUGAUGUUACUCUGAGUGUGUAUCCACACCCGGGCAAGCUUGAAAAAUAUGCCUGGCCACGGUGGGAAUCGAACCUACGACCUUUGGAAAACUAGCCAAUGCUAUGCCAACUGAGCUGCCGACCUGACCGCGUAGCUCAGUUGGCAAAGCAUUGAGCUAGUUUUCCAAAGGUCGUAGGUUCGAUUCCCACCGUGGCCAGGCAUAUUUUUCAAGCUUGCCCGGUGUGGAUACACACUCAGAGUAACAUCACAAAGUUUUUGACAUCUUAUUCACCUGAGUACACAACACCAACACAACAAAUCAUGCAUUUCAUUGUUUUUGUAAGUGUUUUACUGUAAAAAGUUACAAUAGGAAGGAAAUUUUUCUUGCAGAAAACCGCCAACUACUUGGUGCCGUGAACGGAAUCGACGUUUUAUUACAAUGUCUCUCGGUGAGUUACAGAUCAACGCCAGAAGUGUUACUAAAUCAGUGACCUCCAUAUAUAUCUGGAGCGAGAAGUGAAGCCAGCUUCGUGUCAACCGCGCAGACAAAAACAAUGAAAAGGGACUGGAACUGACGUCCAAUGGCUCCUUCAAUUUUCCGCCAUCUUGGCAAGGAGUGUGCUGAAAUUUCGUAUUUUUACUUCGAUUUAAAGAAUAACACUAUGGUUUUAUGAACUGAAAACUUGCUUAGCGAUACGGUCCGUUAGAAAAAACUGCUGCAUUUAGGUGGGAAAAAUGAUAUAAAAACUGUUUACGAUUUUCAGAGCUAUUGAACGUCAAUGGCCGCCAUCUUGGCUUCAUUUUUCUGAUAGGCUGAAUGACUGAACUUCAUGUUCCAGAUAUACAGCUAAUUCAAAAAAGUUUUUCCUUUGCAAACCUUAAACUCUAAAUCUUAAACUCUAAGCGUGCAAAGCAUAAUGGAGCAUCAUUUAAUCAGUUUAGAAAUCAUAUAUGGGGCCCAUUUCUUGGGGCGCUUUCCAUUAACACGGCCAGAACGGUCAAAUUGUUGAAUGAAACACAAAACAUUUGGGCUUCGGACCUUUCUGACCGGAAAUUUUAGUUAACAUUAGAAUGAGGUCCAUUUUCGCUAGAUAUUUGAGAAACAUAGACCAGAUCUUUCCAUUGAUACAGAGGAAAAAAUUCGGGUCUGACCGGUCAGGCCAUUACAUGGAAAGCGCCCUUAGAGACAUGGUAAAUAUCUCCUUACGAGAACAAUUCAUUCACAAAUAGCUACAAUAUUCAACUACUAAGCUUGAAACUUGUGCUCCCAUUAAGCUUUGCGCGCUUAGAGUCUAAGGUUUAAGGACUAGAGUUUAAGGUUUGCAAAGGACAACCUUUUUUGAAUUGGCUGUAUAUACAUAGAGAGAGAGAGAGUUCACUGUACUAAAUACAGCUCUUCCUAAAUCUUAACUAUUUCUUAACCUUAGGGACGGACCAUUAGAUAUUUGGGGGGGGGGGGGUUGGGCAAUUUUUCUGUGCACGAAUUUUUUUUCAUCCCCCAAUUGCUUGCAAAAUAUUUUUUUUCGGCAACAUUCCUUUGCACGAUAUUUUUUUUUCGACGACCUAAAAAUAUUUUUCCCGGAGAAAUUUUUUUUGGUAUUUGCCCCCCCCCCUCAAAUAUCUAAUGGUCCGUCCCUUACGUGCUGACCUGCGGCGGUAAAUAAAAAGUAGGGUAGGUGACCCCCUUGAUUUCAAGUUUUCAACUUCCUGUUCUUUUUUUCUAGGCGUACAAACCACGUGAUCCAAGUACAGCCAAUGAAAUUGAAUAUAUGGAAAAUUUAUUCAAUUGUUUGUGUAGUUCAUUGAUGGCUAUUCCGAACCGAGAACGAUUCUUGAAAGGGCAAGGAUUACAGCUCAUGAUUCUCAUGCUGAGGUUCGGGACUAACGGAAUAAUAAAAGUGCAUUGUGUUAAUGCUUUCUUGGGCCUGUUUCGAACGUCGCAUUUUGUAUGUGUCGAAUUCAAUAGCUUGAAUAGACAUUAUGCAUAAUGACGUCACAAGGCUUGAUGCCCGCGAGGAAUGCUGGUCUCAGUAGUCAUCGCCCGGGAAAAUUUCGAUAGUGGCCAUUUUGAAUUGUUUAAUUUUCCCGGGCGAUGACUACUAAAACCAGCAUUCCUCGCGGGCGUCCAGCCUUGUGACGUCAUCAUGCACAAGGUCUAUUAUGCAGUACAUGCAAAAUUCGACGUCUCUAAUUUCGGUCGACCGUAACUUUAAAUUCGACCGAGAGUUAAUGAGAGUCGCAACUCUUCGGAAAAAGUUAUUUCGCUGACCGCAGAAUGACAUUUCGUCAAAAAUAUUUUCUUCAAGAUUGGUUUAGAAACAAACUUAGAGUAGGGUUAGGUUAGGGUUGGUGUUUGGAAUAGGGUUAGUGUUAGUAAAACCGUUGCUUUGUUACGAUUUGUCACUCUGAGGCCAGCGAAAUAACCUCUUCCCGCUCGCGGCGUUUGUCCACCAACUCUCAUCGACUCUCAUACACGCUCAUCAACUUUCAACUGGUUCAAAGUGCACAGUAUAUAAUAUCCAGUCAACUCUCAUCAACUCUUGUUCUCGUUUGACCGGGACAUGAGAGUUGAGAAAACUCUCAUACAAACUCUCGCUUCUCAACUCUCAUGCAACUCUUGUUCUCGUUUGACCGGGACAUGAGAGUUGAGAAAACUCUCGUACAAACUCUCACUUGCCAACUCUCAUUCUCGUUUGACCUUUAGAUUUGUCUGCGAAUGAUUAUAAUAUUAUAUAAUAUUUUUUCUCAAGAGAGAAGAAAUUAUCACGACGCAGUGCGCUGAAAGUUCUCGACUACGCCAUGCAAGGGGUGGAAGGAGCAGAUAACUGCACUAAGUUUAUUGAUGUUCUGGGUCUGAGGAGUUUGUUCGCUAUAUUUAUGAAGGUUAUUGAAAAUAUAUAACAAACCAAAAACACGGUGUCUUUGUUUUUGAUAACUUUUAACAAAGUACAUAUGUCCAUUAUUGCUUUAAAUUUUCUCUAGCCUCCAAAAAACAACAAGAAAAUCGGCUCGAAAGAAGGCGAAUACGAAGGUUUGUGUUUCAUUAGUUUUCGAAAGAGCGGGAAAAUUUCGGCCAAAUGUUCUCAUUUUUCACGUUGGUGUGCCAAGCUCCUGAUUGGCCACAAGCAUAAAACCGUAUUUCCUUUUUCUAGAACAUGUGUUGUCUAUUUUGGCGUCGCUGUUUCGAAAUCUAACUGGCAACCAACGUUCAAGAUUAGUUCAGAAAUUUGUAGAAGACGAUCAUAUUAAAGUAAGGGCAAUGGAAGGGAUUAUACGUUAUAUCCACAAAGACAGGCCAUGUAAUGAUAAAGCCGCUAUUGGAAGUCCAUAAUCGUCCCCACUGAGCUAUAUAGUCUAGAGGAGUAUACUGCAUACAGCACGCUAUCCAGACAGUUCAUUUAGAUCUGUGGUGUACUCCGGCUAACUGAUAUAUUUAUCCGUUAUUUAGGUUGAUCGUCUUAUUGAACUUCAUUUUAAAUAUUUCGAGCGAGUUCAAGAAUGCGACAAUCAAAUUGAGAGACAGAAGAAUGUAAGAAGACGUUAUAUUUGUUAUAUAUAAGUUGAAGUUUGGUUCCUAGGAAACUAAAAUGUUUACCAACAAUUCAGAAACGUGGCUAGCAAAUAAUGUUUCUUGGUUUGUCCACUUUCGGCAAACAUGGCUUGGAAACAAUAUUUCCUGGUUUGUCCACCUUCGGGAAACAUGGCUAGGAAACAAUGUUUCCUGAUUUGCCUGCCUUCGGAAAACAUGGGUAGGAAAUUAUGUUUCCUGUUUUGCCUAUCUUCGGAAAACAUGACUUGGAAACAAUAUAUGUUUCCUGCUUCGCCCACCUUCGGGAAACAUGACUUGGAAACAAAGCUAGAAAUUACGGGAACCACUGAGUAUUUUGAUAAAAUACAAAACAAUAGAUUCUCCGAAAAUUGAAAGCAUUUUGAAAAUUUAUUUCGACGUUUCGACUAAACUAUAGUCAUCAUCAGCAAAUGAAUGAUGAUGAUAUUACAUAUGUACAAGUAUAUAUAUUGAAGUAACAAGAUACCAUGGAACUAAAGCCUCUAAAGAUCUAUUAAUAUUUAACUAAUUUUAUCUUGUUACUUCACUAUAUCUACUUGUACAUGUGUAAUAUCAUCAUCAUUCAUUUCCUGAUGAUGACUAUAGUUUAGUCGAAACGUCGAAAUACAUUUUCAAAAUGCUUUCAAUUUUCGGAGUAUCUAUUGUUUUGUAUUUUAUGGCUAGAAAGCAGUGUAAAGUCCAAUCCAGAGAAUAUCCCCUCAACGAUAUUGUAGGCACUUGCUAACAAUAAACUUUGUCAUGAUUAUUCUUGUAUAUUUUAGGCUAUGAUACAGCGAGGAGAAGAUGUGGACGAGGCGACGGAAGAAGAUUUUUAUCUGCGAAGAUUGGACGCCGGUUUAUUUUCACUUCAGUUGAUUGACUGUGCUAUAGUCGAGUGUUGUAGUUCGGGAAAUACUUCGGUAUAACAUUGUGUACUCUUGUCGUAUUUUUACAGCAGGAUGUACUGUGCAUUUAACUGAUAUUUAUAAUCGGACGAACAGCUUUGUGACGGCAAAAUUUAAGAAAUAACUGUGAAUUGAAAAAGACUGUUCGAGAACCAUGCCAAUGAUAAUAAUUUUAUAUUUAUUUCCAGAUUAAAGCUCGUGUCCAAACUCUCUUAAACCAACAAGGCGGAAGUAUGAAAGACAUUCGUUCAGUAUUACGAGGUAAAUUUCAGGCAAUUUGCGAUUGUAUUUGCCCCAUGCAUAUCGUGUCUCUAAUUAUGCUAAUCUUUACCUCGUAUUGAAAACAUAACAUGAUCAUUCUUUUGUUAGAAUAUGCGGCAAGUUUUGGUGACGAGAAAGGAAAGGAUCGUGAAGAGUUAGAGAAACGUAGGAUUCUAUCGCUGGUGGACAGAUUUUGAAAUUUCCUCUCGAAAGAAACAUUGUAAGGGAUGGUAUAUUGAAGCAUUGCUCACUAUAGAGAACGUGCCAACAAUGUGGACUCUUUAUUUGGUUGUUUGUAUACUACAAGUCUCGCUUCAACCAAGUGUGCCUUCAGGAACAUCACCUAACAUAAAACAUUGACAGUUUUCCAUGAAUCAGCACAAUGAUCUAAGCACAUGCAUCUAGUGUAGAAUCUACUUAUGUACAUAUCCACAUGGCUAGAUCAUUGUUUGCAAGAGAGAUAGACUAUUGUAUUGUUUGCAAAAGAGAUCGUCGACAUUCAAAGCGACAAUGUGUUCUAAAACAUAUACGCAAUCAGCGUUAAGUUAUAUUUUAUAUAUUAAUGCUCCGUGGUGUUGUCAGUGUGGUUUUUGCUUGUAAAAAAAUAAAUUUGAACUAAUUAAAAAUUCUU